AGUUCCUGCAGUGAUCAUCAUCCCCCUGCCCGGCCGCGGUGCUCUCCCGGAGCCUCCCCGCCGGCGUCGCUCACCUCGGCGCUGGCACCGCUGCUCCUCCCGUUGAGGUUUCCCCUGGCUCCUCUGCUCGCAGGGCCCUUCCCUCCGCGGGCUGUGCCCGGCAGGCAGCGGCGCUGGGGCCGCUCUCGCAAGUCUCUCUGGGGCUGAUGUCAUACUUUCAGUAUCAGAAGAAUUGUGCAGCAGUAAAUGCAGGCUGUGCCAUUCCCCUCCUUUCUUUGGUAACUGAAGAGAACAGGAACCCCCCUCUGAAACUGGCUGAAGGCUCUCUCACCUCUCUAAAAGACAUUCCCCCCAGGGUGGUCAAAUGAGUGAUCUCGUGGAAGAAAACUGCAAGAAAAGCUAUUCUUCCCAGGAAACAUCUGCAGAAAAUAAUGUGUCUCCUGCUGAGGACUGCUCAAUAAGACGCAAAAAUGUGCAAAAACUCGAGAAACAACUAAAAUGCUUAGCCUUUCAAAAUCCAGGACCUCAGGUAGCGGACUUCAAUCCUGAAACUAGACAGCAGAAAAAGAAAGCAUGCAUGUCACAGAUGAAACAAAAUUUUUUUUAUGAGUCCAAAUUUACAAAGAAGUAUGACAAACAUGGCAGGCUGCUUUGCAAUGACAUAGAUUUUUGUGAUUGCCUGGAAAUGGACUGCCUGGGUUGCUUCUAUCCUUGUCCCAAAUGCAACUCGAACAAAUGUGGGCCAGAAUGUCGCUGCAAUAGGAAAUGGGUUUAUGAUACGAUUGAGACUGAAGCUGGGGAUGUGAUCAGUGAGCUCCCAUUUUUUGUCCCUGACUGAUUAUGUUCUGUUAGGUUUUGUGCCUGAAUAUUGUUCUUUUAAAUUCA